AAAAAAAAAGAAAAAAACAGAACCAAAGAGAACAUGUUCACCUUUUCCGAUUGCGAAUGUUGUUGAUUUUUGACGAAACACGUUUUGGUUGGGACCAUAAAAAAUCUCAACCCAAAACAUAACUCACUCACUGUUCCAUUGUUUACUCACUUUCCGAACAAUUUCCUUAACUCACUGUUCAUUACUUCAUUUGUUUGCUUUGAAUUGAAUCCAUAGCACAAUCUUAGCACACAUUUCUGUUCUCUUGGAGAACAAAUUCAAGUGACCCAGUUCUCAAAUUCUGGCUGAAACCAAGGAUUUCUCUAUGGAUGAAAAUCAGCAUAAUGUUGUGAAAUUUUGAGACUUUACAUUUUAUGGGGUUUGAGGUUUGAGAGUUGAGACUCGUUGCUGAUUAAUUGAGAAAAAACCAUUGCAAUUUGAAAUUAGUAUAAUAUUUUUUGUGUUUCUUAGCUCUCUGUUGGGACUGUGAAGUUGAGAUGGGAUGUCAGCCCAGCAAGGAGACUGGUUCCAGUACUGAUGUCCCAACACCGAUUAAAAUGGGCGCGCAUUCUCUUUAUGCGGCCGAUUUAAGCUCUUAUGAAGCUGCGUGUGUUGAUGAUCCGAACUUGCGAUCCUUCGAUAUUACCAUUCAGGAGCGUACUAACAGGGUGAUCAACUCUCUUGCUCAAGGGAUUGAGGUUCGUUCUAUAUCGCUUGAGUCACUAGGUGAAGUUACCGGCAGUCUUCUUGACAUGAACCAGGAAGUUGUUAAAGUAAUUUUGGAGUGCAAGCAAGAUAUAUGGAACAAGAAGGAUCGCGACUUGUUUGCCUUGGUGGAGGAUUUUUUCGAUAAUAGUCUCCAGACAUUGGAGUUUUGUAAUGCUCUUGAGAAAUGCUUGAAAAGAGCGCGAGAAAAACUUGUUGCAGUUAAUUCUGUAAUGACUUGUUUUGAGGAAGAGGUUCAAAAUGGAGUUGAAGGGUCGACUUAUUUGAAGACAUUGAAAGGGCUUAAAGAUUUUAAGGAAACCGGGGACCCUUUUACCGAAGAGUUUAAUUCUUUGUUUCAGAAGGUUUCUACUCAACAAUCAUCAAUGCUGAUGAAAUUGCUGAUUAGAAAGCAAAAACUUGAUAAGAAACUGAAAUCUCUCAAGACAUUGAAGAGGGUAUCAAGUGUUAUUUUCGUAGCUGCUUUUGUGGCUGUGUUAAUUUUCUCGGUGGUCGCAGCUGCAAUUGCUGCACCACCUGUUGUAACGGCUUUGGCCGGAGCGUUGGCUGUUCCAAUAGGCUCAGUUGGAAAAUGGUGUAACUCACUUUUUAAGAAAUACGAAACAGCUUUAAAAGGCCAAAGAGAAGUAAUCAGUUCAAUGCAUGCUGGUACUUAUAUUGCAUUGGUGGAUAUGAAUAACAUUAAGGUACGUAUCGAUCAAUUGGAAAUAAAGAUCGAAUCCAUGGUGCAAGUUGCUGACUUUGCUCUUGGAAAUGAGGAUGCUGUAAAGCUUGCGAUCGAUGAGAUUAAGAAUAAAAUAGAAACUUUUGCGGAUAUUAUCGAGAGUUUGAGUAUGCAAGCUGAUAAAUGUAGUCGACAGACUAUGAAAGCAAGGACAGUAGUUGUACAAAAGAUAAUUAAAUACUCUAUAGUUAACAGUUGAUUGAUUAAUUUUAUGUAGCUGGUAUGUACCUGUGUUCUUACUACAAGGUACUUAUUAAUCAACUAGCUUAUAUGUAUGAUGUACUUUAUGAUUUUGAAGAAAGAGAAAAGUAUUCAUGUGUAUAACAUUUGUAGAUCUUUGUAUUUUAUCAAUAAUUAUACAACCAAUUUUCCUGCUUAA